CUGAAAACAGCGUCGCUAUUGUUUGCCGAGGGGACCAGCAGGUUGUGUCAGAGUUUAACGAAGCAUCAGCGGACAGGAAGACAUCCCACAUUCCCCACCACCACCACCUACCUGUUGAAUAUUUACACCAGUAAUUUGCAAGCUAAGGGUCGAGCCACUGUCGAAGAACUUUAGUCGAGUCUGUUUCCUUUGGCUGAAGGUGAGGAAAGCCGUGGCGAGGUGAGCGGAAAGGAGGAAGGAAGGAAGGGAAGGAAAGGAAAGAAGGCAGGAAGGGGGAAGCGCUCAGGCUCCCAGCGCAACAGGUUAGCCACUUCAAUGCUCUGGUAGCGGGGCGGACUACUUUUCUACGCCGAAAAACAACAGCAACGACGACGGGAAAAUGCCGCUGGGACCAUGGAGAAAGAAAAACAAGUCAACGAGGGAGCAACUGGUGGAGAACGAGGAGGUGAGCGGCGGACACGCAGGUGGGAGUGCGGCUAAAUCCGCCGUGAAUGGAGCCGGACUCCCGCCGCCACCUGCCAACCUGCGGCCCAAACUGGUCUUCCACACGCAGCUCGCCCACGGCAGCCCCACCGGCAGGAUUGAGGGAUUUACCAACGUGAAGGAACUGUACGCGAAAAUAGCUGAGGCGUUUAAUAUCAACCCACCCGAGAUCCUCUUCUGCACCCUGAACACCCACAAGAUUGACAUGGAGAAGCUGCUGGGGGGGCAGAUUGGCCUGGAGGAUUUUAUCUUUGCUCACAUCAAAGGGAUCAAGAAGGAAGUGGAAGUGUUCAAGUCUGAGGAUGCUCUGGGCCUCACCAUCACUGACAACGGAGCCGGCUACGCUUUCAUAAAGCGCAUCAAAGAGGGCAGCGUUGUGGACGGAGUGAAGGUGAUCUGCGUUGGCGACCACAUAGAGUGCAUUAACGGGCGCAACAUUGUAGGGACACGACAUUAUGAGGUCGCCCGCAUGCUCAAAGAGCUGCCCAGAGACAAAUCCUUCACUCUCAAACUGGUCGAACCCAUGAAGGCCUUCGAAAUGCUGGAGCCCCGGUCAAGAGGCGCCAAACCUGCCAACGACAACAAGAUCGCCGCAGGAAGAGGAACCCUCAGACUGCGCUCCAAGGGCCCGGCUACUGUAGAGGAGGUGCCGACAGAAUUUGAGGAGAAAGCAGUAAAGAAAGUGGACGACCUCCUGGAGAGCUACAUGGGCAUCAGAGACACUGAACUCGCUGCUACCAUGGUCGAGGUCGGCCGAGACAAGAAGAACCCGGAUGAAUUCGCCAUGGCGCUGGACGAGGCCCUCGGAGACUUCGCCUUCCCGGAUGAGUUUGUUUUCGACGUGUGGGGGGCCAUCGGAGACGCCAAGCAGGGACGAUUUUAAAUUGGCAGCGCCCCUCCCCACCCCACCGCUCCCCUCCUAUCCCAACUCUCUGCACCUAAUAUCCUCAAAAGCCAACUGGACAAAUUUCAACCAGCACAGGAGGGGGUGUGGGGGGGUGGAUGAAGUGUUCUUACUAUCACUUUGUUUUUAGGUGUAGCGUUGCACUUCGAUGGAGUGUUUUGUAUUAACGCAUCGACUAAGGUAGAGGGGGUCUACACAGGAAAUUUUCAAUGUCAGCGUCUCAAUGUUGACUUCAAAAGAUAAUCAUGAAUUGUGGCAUGCACCUCCUACACUGGAAUCGUCUCCGGCAUGCUGAGGAAUUGGUGAUUAAUUCCAGAUGUCGCAUAAACCUCGUGUAAACCCCCUCAGAGACGGGACAGCACAUGAUGCCGUCCUGCCUGAACAAACCUGGUCAUACCUGGUCUUUUACACUGGUUACAAAUGGUACGUACACACCUCUUUGAAACAUGUCUUAAAAUUGUAAAUGAUUCACUCAGUUUUAAUCACACUGCUUUAUAGCUGUGGUUGUUUUGAAUAUACCAUCACAUGUAUGACACAGCUUUUUAUAGGCUUCUUUUUUAUAUAUAUAUAUAUCUAUAUAUAUGUAUUUUGUCAGAAUGCUGCUGAUUUAGAAACAGCAUCAUGUAAUUAGUGUAAUUAUAGUGAUUAUAGCAAUAUUUGGUCAGGCAAAUGUUGUAUUCCCCUUGUCCUCUCUUUUUAAUUUUCUAAAUGACCUCACUUUGGAAAAUGCUCUUUAGUUUUGAUCGUGGUCGUAUUGAUGUCACUUUUAUUCUUUCACAUGAUUUUAUUGAAUUUCUUCUGUGCCCUUACACUUCUCAACCCGGGCCUUGCCAUCCUUCUGUCAGUAGCUGGAUUAUAAAGCAGAGACAAAGCAAGGCCAAGAGAGCAAGAGGGUUUUUUUUUUUUGUUUUGUUUUUUUGAAUGCCUUUAGCCAAGUUGACGACACAAAUCCAACCAACAUUCCUUCCCUUUCUGCUAUUUUUGUAGAAGAAUUGAGGUAUACUAUAGUAGAUGCACACUUAUUUUUUGCGGUAAUUUAUUUUAUCAUGGAAAAAUUUUAUGCUGGAAGAUAUUUUUACAGUCUUAAAAAAAACCUAGUUCUUUGAUAAUUCAGCCAUCUUUUAAUAAGGCUGUUUCUGGAAUGGGAUCACAUGCAAUCCAACGACUUACAUGCACUCACAUGCUGUAACUGCACUAUUUAAAUCACUGUCAAACUGAAUUUAAAUAGUGACUUGAUUAGUAAUGUCAUAUGUUGACUGCUUGUGAAUGGCUCAGUCAUUUCAAGACAGUUGCACAUUGUUUUGAACCAUAAGGGAUCACUACUGUUUGUUAGAGAAUAAAAAUUUGAUAGAACACUA